AUGAGGUUACAAAAUUGAGUCAAUGUGAAGCUCUUGAACUUUUCAACCGACAUGCCUUCCAAACAAGUAAAUAUGGGGAAGAUUAUUUAGAACUUGCAAAACAGAUUACAAGUUAUGUUGAUGGCCUUCCAUUAGCUUUAGAAAUAAUUGGUUCUGAUUUGUGUGGAAAAAAUAUACAUGGAUUGAAAGUUGCAUUAGAAAAGUAUAAAAAUAUUCCACAUGUAAAAAUUCACGAAAUACUAAAAAUAAGUUAUGAUGGAUUGGAGAAAACUGAAAAGGAUAUUUUUCUUGAUAUUGCAUGUUUUUUUAAGGGUUACAACAAGGAUGAAGUUGCAAAUAUAUUAGAUUCUUGCAAGUUAUAUCCAGACUAUGGUAUUGAAAAGCUUAUUGAUAAGUGUCUCAUAACUUUGGAAGAUAGUUGUUUGUCAAUGCAUGACUUGCUACAACAGAUGGGUAGAGAAAUCGUUCAACAAGAAUCAAAUAAGCUUGAACAACGUAGUAGGAUAUGGCAUUAUAAGGAUGCUUAUGAAUUACUAACUAAAAAUAUGGGAUCAAAUGAAAUUCGAAGUAUAAUGUUGCUCUCACCUGAACAAACAGAGCUGUCAUUGAAAGCUAAAGUUUUCAAGAGGAUGAAAAAUCUCAAAUUUCAUAUUGGUGAAGCACUUGAAUAUCUCCCUGAUGAGUUAAGGUUUCUUGAAUGGCGUGAAUUUCCUCUAUCCUUAUCUUCCAAAUGUUGCCUUCCUCGACAACUUGUUGUACUCAAGAUGUUUAAGUCUAACAUUAUAUUGGAGAAUGUAUUCAAGCAGGGGUUCCAAAAUGAAAAAUUGAAAAAGAUCAGUCUAGAAUCUUGUGAAUUCAUUACAAAAUUACCUGACUUGUGCUGCCCAAACUUAGAGGAAUUGAAUAUUUUAUAUUCUAGAAAUUUAAUUGAGGUUCACGAGUCCAUUGGAUUUCUUGAGAAGCUUAAAAAAUGGCAUCUCAUAGGCUGUUCACAACUUCAAAUUCUUCCAAGUAUGCUCAUGUUGAAAUCUCUUAAAUAUUUUAAUCUAGCUGGUUGCUCAAGGCUUGAGAAGUUCCCCGAUAUUCACCCAGAAAUGAAAAGUCUAAAGCAACUGACUUUGGUUCGUUGUGGUAUUAGAGAAUUGCCUUCAUCACUGAUUAAUUGUGGUAGAAGUAAGCUUAGAAAUUUUCUAGUUGGGGCCAAUAAAUCACAAAUGCGGGAGGAAGAAGAUAUUCCUUCUGCCAAAUUGAGACUGGCGUGCAAUUCCUUUAAUAACUUUGCGGGACCUACUGGGUUUCAGAGCUUGACAUUUCUAUGUCUUAGAGAUUUGAGAAUUAAAGUUGAAUUAGAUUCUUGGAUGCAGCCCGAUUACUUCCCAGUAUUGACAGAAUUAGAUCUAUCUUCCACUGGUAUUGUUUCCAUCCCAGAAAGUAUUAGCAAAUUUACUACGUUACGAAGACUUUGCAUAAGUGAUUGCAAAAAGCUUCGGGAAAUUCCGAGACUUCCACAAUCUAUAAGAAUUGUGACUGCACCGAAUUGCGAUCGGCUGGAUACACAAUCAUUAAGUAGAUUAUUGAAUCAGUUUGGAGAAAUUCUAGGGAUUCUACCAAAUACAGUCGCUGCAAGCUUUGAUUCCGAAUGGCCUCAAUUUAGGUUGGGUCAUUAUCUUAUACUACCAGUAACUGAGAUUCCAGAGUGGUCGAAAUUCAACCAUCAUCAGAUUGUUGGAAAUUCCGUAUCAUUCUUGGUCGGUCCCAAAUUUUCAAAUUUGGUUGUUUGUAUUGCUUUUCCAACAAAGGAUGUGAAGACCGAUACCUGGUACAGUUGGGAUGUUCCCAUUUUUAUCAAUGGUGAAGAAAAAUUCAAUGGUAGAAUGUCAUUAUGGGCGAAUAGUAAUUGUGGCCAUGUAUGGUUAAUGUAUUGGAAAGUGAAUAUAUCAAAUCCAUCUGAAGAGAAUCGCAUUGAGGUUGAGGUUAAGGUUAGACCUUCAAAGUUUAUAUCAAAUCCUCCAUCUAUUUCUUUAGAUAGGAUGAGGAUUUAUGUAGAAUGCAUCUGUUGUCCUCAAAAACCCAAUAUAUCUCCUGCCUCAUCUAUGGAUCAAUGUGCUUUCAACAAUGGGGAAGAAGAUUUAGGCUGUGUUGGAAUCCGAUGCCAACUGCGUAAAAGAAACCAUCGACCAAUCUAUGCUAGACAUCCCCAAAAACACUACUUGUCCAGCUUCGGAUGGCUUCGAAUCCGAUUCCAACUCUGGAAACGAAGCUCCAAACCCCGGAGAUGGCGAAUUACCAAUGGGUUUCGUGGUCAGGGUUCAUCUUCAAUCCCCAAUACCUUUCUCAAUGAUAAUACCUAUGCCAAUCUGUAUCCACCGUCAAAGAAGACAAAAGCAUGUUAAUCCAACUUUGAAGAGAAGAUGAUGCUUUGUUGCUAUUGAAGUAAUUGGGAUGCAACAAACACAUGGGAAGUGGACACUCCUAGUAAAACACCUAAUGUACUUCUCAGCAGUUUCUUGGCAGUAUAGCACAUGAUCAAAUGUUGAUGGUAUCAAGAAAAAAAAUGGAAGUAAAGAAUCUAAUUUUAGCAGUUCAAACAAGUUUCUUUGCUGAUUUAUAGCUGCAUUGGUGCUGUGGAUCUUUCAACUUUAUCCAAUUCUAACACAAAAAAUCAUUUCAGAUUUCUUUGUGUAAUCCUGUCUAUGACCUUCAUUUGGCAUCCUGAUGGCAAAGUAAUGUUUACCAUGUUGGUUGAUUUUUUUUUGAAAGGAUUAUGAUGUAUUUAAUUUUGGUGUUUCAAGUUUUUCUUUUUCCUUUAUGGUCUAUACAUGGGAAGAAGAUUGUAAAGUAUUUAAGAUUGUUAUAAUUUGUUAUGUCUCUCCCAUUAUGUAUUUAAUUUUGUUUCCCUAGGAGGACUUGGUGAGGAUUAUAAAGUAUUUGAGUUUGGUAUAUUAUAUUUUUAAAUUUUCUUUCUUAAGUUUUUGAACUUUUCCCUCCGAUUUGUGUGAAAUGAAGUAAGCGGAAGGCUCUUUGGUCAAA